AUGGCGAGACCUUCCGCUUCCACGUCGGCCGCCGCGGCAAGCAACGGUGCAGCCAAGAGGAAGCGCAACGUUCCCGCUCCUGCCGCCAAACCAUCUUMCACCACCACCACAAAGACGCCCACGACAGCAAAGGGCAAGUCAAAAGCGCAGGAGCUCCACCUCGGCGACUCAGACGAUGAAGACGAAGCUCAGCUUGAUCUCGAAUCCGACGACGAUGAUCUUCAAGCUGGCGACGCCUCCGGCGAUGAGAGCCAGGACGGCGACGAGUUCCCCGAGAUCGACCUCGAGGAAAGCGAGGGCGAGGAGGACUCGGACGCGGAAGCAGAGCAGCCUGAGCAAGACGAUGAUGCAGAUGAUGAAUCCAUAGAGCUUCAGGAUAGCCAAGCUGAUGAUGAUUCCGAGCAAGGCUACAACUCCUCGGACAUCGACAACUCGGACUUCGAAGGUGACGAGCCAGAGGACGAUCUCGAGUACGAUUCGGCGGAAGAGGACGACCGCGCCUCUGCCUUUGCCGCACGCAGCGACGCUUCGCAGACAAGCAUCGACGAGGAACUCUCGCGCAUGGUGUCUCGCUACGCAUCCAAGCCCGACGAGGAGUCGGGCUCGCUCUCGGCCACCAACAAGCUCGGCAUCCCGCGCAACCAGGCAGCCCAGGCCUUCGACCUUCGCACCCGCAACCCGGACGGCUCCGCCAAAGGCGUCUUCAAGCGCAGCGACAUCACGGGCGAGAUGAAGCGCGUCUACCCCGAGAUCCAACCCGAAUACGACUCGGACAGUAGCACCGAAGACGCCGAGAACCGCAUCGGCAACGUGCCGCUCGAGUGGUACGACGACAUGCCCCACAUCGGCUACGACAUCAACGGCCGCAAGGUCAUGAAGCCCGCCACCAAGGACGAGCUCGACAGGUUCCUCGACACCGUCGACGGCGACGGCGAGGCUUGGUUCUCGGCGCGCGACAACUCCACCGGCAAGGAUGUCCGCCUCACCGACGAGGAGCUCGCCAUCAUCCGCAAGCUCCAGAAUGCCGAGAUCCCCGACGAUGCAUACGACCCUUACGAGGACUAUGUUGACUGGUUCACUGGCGAGGACAAGGUGAUGCAAACCGCACUCACCGGCCGACCCGAGCCCAAGUCGCGAUUCGUGCCGAGUAAGUGGGAGCACAAGAAGGUCAUGAAGAUCGUGCGCGCCAUCCGCGACGGUCGCAUCGUGCCGGGCGCCAAGGCCCAGAAGGACACCAAGCCCAAGUUCUACAACAUCUGGGCCGACGCCGACGAGAACGACACACGCAGCCCGUGGGCCGUCAUGGCGGCACCCAAGCUCGCGCUGCCCGGCCACGCCGAGUCGUACAAUCCGCCCGAGGAGUACCUGUUCAACGAGCAGGAGCGCAAGGACUGGCUCGACGCCGAGGCCGAGGACCGCAAGCAGAACUACCUGCCCGACAAGCACGGCUCGCUCCGCCACGUGCCUGCGUACCAGAACUUUGUGCAGGAACGCUUCGAGCGCUGCCUCGACCUGUAUCUGGCACCGCGCAUGAUGCGCAAGAAGCUCGACAUCCACAACCCGGAGAACCUGCUGCCCAAGCUACCUUCGCCCAAGGAGCUCAGACCAUUCCCCACCAACGUCAGCGUCGUGUACUCGCAUCCGGACGGCAGCAGGGUGCGCUGUCUUUCGGUCGACCCUACGGGCAACUGGCUCGUCACCGGUGGCGACGAUGGACGCGCGAGGCUGUGGGAUGUGGCGAUUGGCAGAUGCACCGCAACGUGGGAUGCAUGCGAGGGGAUGCCCAAGGCAGAGCGCUCGGCUGUGCACUCGGUCGCGUGGUGCCCCACCAAGAACUACUCGCUCUUUGCCGUGGCGGUCAACGGCCGCGUGGUUAUCAUCGCUCCGCCGCAGACGCAGAACUAUGCCCAGACGCAGUCGGGUCCUGCUUCUUCCAAGGCCGCCUCUUCGUCGGGCGCGACGGCAACAUCGACUGCGUCGUUCCUGUACGCUACCGCAGCGGCGGCUACUUCGAUGCCGAGCAAGCCCGAUGCGCGUGCGCCCGUCGCAUGGACGAGGCCGGCCGAAAGCGAGCGUCGUUCGGGUGUGGCCAUGUAUCUGAACAUCACGGCGACGAGCGCAAGCAACCUCAAGACGGUGGUGUGGCAUGCCAAGGGCGACUACUUUGCCACCGUGUGUCCCGAUGCAGCGUCGGGUGCGGCAGGUAUGCUGAUCCACCAGCUGUCCAAGCACCGCUCCCAGUCGCCCUUCCGCAAGGCGAGCAAGGGCUCGAGUGUGCAGAAGAUCGUCUUCCAUCCGAACAAGCCGUGGGUGUUUGUGGCGACGCAGCGCUACGUGCGCGUGUACGACCUCAUGGCCCAGUCGCUCGUCAAGACGCUACAGACGGGUUUCAAGUGGAUCUCGUCGCUCGACGUGCAUCCGUCGGGAGACCACAUCAUGGUGGGUUCGUACGACAAGAAGCUCGCCUGGUUCGACCUCGAUCUGUCCGCACGUCCGUACAAGGUGCUCAAGUACCACGCCAAGGCCAUCCGUGCCGUCCACUUCAGCACGGCGUGGAACCUGGUCGCCGACGCCAGCGACGACGGCACCUUGCAGCUCUUCUACGCCAAGGUUCAUGCCGACUACGGCGAGAACCUCACCCUGGUCCCGCUCAAGGUGCUGCGCAGCCACGAGGUCAAGAAUGGCCUCGGCGUGCUCGAUGUCAAGUGGCACCCCACCCAGCCCUGGUGCUUCUCGGCAGGCGCGGAUGGAAAUGCCCUGCUCUGGACCACAUAA